AUGUAUACUGUCUGCCCCUACAGUAUUGAUCGACUGAUUGUGCACAAAUAUUUUCAGCCAGGAUUAACCGGUGGACAAUUUUUUCGGCAUGUGAAGCAACUCGGAAUAACACGUAAUGGUGUUUAUCGGACCAUAAGUCGAUUGCGUGAUACUGGGUCAAUGCAAGAUCGUCCUCGAACUGGCCGACCUCGCACGUGUAUAGCCAAAGAACGCAUCAAAAGAAUAAGAGAAAAAAUCCGACGAAAUCCUGAAAGGUUCGCAAGAAAGUUAGCAAUGGAAGAGGAUAUCGAUAAUCGAUCAAUGCGACGAAUCUUGCAAAUUGAUCUCGGUCUUAAACCUUACCAAAAACGUAAAUUAGAUGGACUAUCGACGAAGCAAACGGUGGCUAGGCUUAAACGAUGUAAAGCAUUGUUGGCACAGCACGGUUCCGAUGAUAUUCGAAAAAUCGUAUUUUCGGAUGAGAAAUUAUUCGUUGUCCAACAGAAAUAUAAGCGUCAAAAUGAUCGAAUCUACGCGUUAUCAAUCGAAGAUAUUCCGGAAAUGCCCAACACCAGUACGUUGUAUUCAAAUAAUCGAUGGAUAUUCCCGCAAGAUUCAGCCCCUGCUCAUAAAGCAAAGUCAACACAGCAAUGGUUAGUCAACAAUUGUCCAAAUUCUAUCAGUUCCGAAGAAUGGCCAGCGUCCUCGCCUAAUCUUAACCCGUUGGAUUAUUCAAUAUGGGGAACUUUAGAAGCGAUCGUCAACGCAAAACCCCAUCACAGUCUCGAAUCGUUAAAACGAAUAUUGGUUCGGGAAUGGAAUCGAUUGCCGGUGGACUUAGUGCGUGCCGCCAUCGACACUUGGCGAAGACGAUUAGCAUUAGUUGUGAAGCGCAAGGGAGGUCGUUUUGAGGUGAUCUUUUCAUUACUAUAUUCUAUGUACAUGAGACAUGUAUUAUACGAAGUUUCGUCUAUUUUUGUUGCAUACUUGGGAAAUAAAACUAUUUAG